ACAAGAAAUGUCUGAAGACAAACAAUUAACCGAUGGUUUACAUGAGUUUCAGCGGAUGUUUAAUCCGAUAAUCGAUAAAGUUUUGGACAACUCAUUAGAGUCGGAUUACAAUGUUUUGAGAUCGACUUUAAACAAAAUGUUUAACUAUAAUGUAGGGGAUCUGGAGGUCGAUGGUUUUGCCAGAAUACUUAUAGUGGCGUACAGUGUAAUGACUGGCCAUAAACCGGGUGAUCAUAAAUUUGAUGACCGAGUCUAUCCAAUGUCCUGGGCUAUUGAGCUGACAAAGUUUUACUUUGAUAUAUUGGACGAUGUUAUGGAUGGAUCGGACACUCGCAGAGGACAGCCGUGUUGGCACACAUUGCCUACAGUCGGUAUGUCGGCCCUAAACGAUAGUACUAUAGUAUUGUCGGCAAUCUAUAAGAUUAUUAAACUAUAUUUUAGUGAUCAUCAAAAUUAUGUAGAAAUUGUUCACUGCGUUCAAGAGUUUAUUGAGAAGACAGCCUACGGCCAGAUGUUGGACAUGCAGUUUAGUCGUUCACUUAACAGCAAUGUUGAUCUUAAUUUGUAUAACUAUACAAACUAUAGGCUUAUUACUAAAUCAAAGUAUGCUUCUAUAUCUACCGGUUCAUUUUUGUUGGCUAUGUAUAUAUCGGGUCAAUCAUCAUACGAUCAUUUGGACAAAAUUGAUGACAUAUUGACCACAUUAUCCGUUUUGCAAGGCGUUACCAAUGAUUUGGAAGAUUUUCAAACAGAUGGCACCGAUAUUGUUGAGGGCAAGUGUUCCUGGCUUUACGUUAGGGCACUACAGUUGGCUAACAAUAGCCAAAAGUCACUGCUAUUGGCUAAUUAUGGACUCAAGGAUCCCAGUGCUGUCCAAUUGAUCAAACAAUUGUAUGACGAAUUGGAUAUCAAAAACGAGUCCAAGGAGUUUGUCAAACGCGAGUUAAUUGUUAUGAAACAAAAAUAUCUGGACAACAGUACUGACGAUACAAUUUUCUAUCAAUUAAUUAACAAAUUUAGUCAUAUGAUUGCCAACAAUAGGACUGGUAUUAAAUCCAAUGACUGUUAUAUAUGUUCGUCUCCCUGUUCGGCCUACUAUUGUUGCAGUGGUUCAUACCCUCAGUGUUGUCUGGUUGGCGGCCAAUGUCGGUGUUGUAGUCGUUAA